AUGGAGUCGAUUAAAGCAGGCGUCGUCCCGCCAUCGCUGGCGAGGGACAUGCCGACUGCACCACCGGUCGUCGCCGCUCAGGAGCCUCCGGUCACUGUCUCCGCGACAGAGAAAAAAACAGACGUCGAUCUCUCUCUCCUUCCAGACGAAAUCGACGAGGAGACAGUGAAAAAGAUUCUCGACCAGGCAGACGAGAUGCACGUCGAAGUUUUAACGGAGGCGAACCUGCGACGCGCUGUCGCCCAAUUGGAGAAGCGAAUAAAAAAAAACCAGCAAGACAGAAUCCGGCACGCAGAAGAUCCUGAGAAGUGGAUUAAGAGCGAAGUGGAUUUGGAUGAAGAAAUCAAAAGGUGGAAACAGUUGGCCGCCGAGCCUGGGCUGUAUCCGCUCUUCAUCGAGACGCGCGGUCUCGAACUUCUGUUGUCGCUGCUCAACCAUAGCAACCAGGACAUCCAGCUGGAAGUCCUCGACGUUCUUGCGGAAUUCACAGACGCCGACACGCUCGCAGAGUGCGAAAAUCCGCAGGACAUCCUCAACAAGUUGAUCGAGCACCAACUUCCCGAAUUGACUGUCGAUACACUCCAAAGAAUCAACGAAGAGAACGGCGAAGACGAGCAGCGAGGCGUGUCGCAUUGUCUCUCAAUCAUCGAGAACCUCCUGGAACUGGAGCCGAGCCUGGCGGGGAAGUUCACAAAGUUCCACAGACUGCCCAACUGGCUCUUGCGGCGCGUGCGGAACCCCGUCGGGUCCCAGACGGCUGCGGCCUUCGACUUCAACCGCAUCUACGCCAGCGAGCUCCUGGUGAUCAUUCUGCAAAACUCCGCAGAGGCGCGCGAGACGAUCGGAUCCAAACAGGGAGGCGACGCAGUCGACAGACUCCUGAGAGCCGUCGCUGUCUACAGAAAAAAAGAUCCUGAAUCUUCCCAGGAGAUUUUCGUCGAGAAGCUCGGCCUCAAAUUUCUCUUUUCCAUCUUUAUGAAGAAGGCUCGGCCGAGUCAGCAGAAGAAGCGGAACAAAGCUCAGGAAAAGCAAGACGAAGAACAUGCCGUCUCGAUCAUCAACUCGCUCUGCCGAGGAUGCAGCGGAAUCGCGACAGCGCGGGUGUUGAACAAAUUCAUGGAAAACCAGUGCGAGAAACUCGAAAGGUUGCUGGAGCUUCACGACGCCUAUCAAGCGCGGAUCGACGCGUUUCUGGCAAAACGCGAAGAAGGCGAAAAAGACGAGGAUGCGGACGACUUGACGAAGCAAGUAUGCAUUUCGGACCUGGGCCCACUAUGGGGUCUGGAAAUUGACGAAGAAGAAAGGAAAUAUUUGGAUGCUUGCGAUCAAGGCCUCUUCACCCUCCAGCAAAUCGACUCCAUCAUCGUUCGACUCGUCAACAUGGGAAAUGCUCUGGUGACGAAGCGCUUGGUGGAUUUGCUUAACAUGAAGAGCAUCGACACGAUGCAAAUUCAUAAAGUUGUCACAGAGCACAUGGAUGAGAAGGCUGCGACCGAACGGGUAGGGCUACUGCACUUGCUGAAGCGGUUCGAAGAAAUUUAUGAGGCUGGAGGCGUUGUUGCCGCUGGGGAAGAAGAAGACAUGGAGGAGGAGACUGACGAGGAAGAAAAGAGGGCCCGCAGCCCCGAGAAGGUCCGAAGAGACAGAGAAGACGAAAGAGAGCGACAGAAAAGACGACGACGAGACGACUAA